CGGUGGCUGGUGCGGCAUUUGUGAGCGUCUGAAGGGUUUCAUUGGAGAUUAAGAAAGAAAGGGUAGUUUCGAGGAAGUGACGGACGACGCUCGGAAGACUGGUCAGAGGAAGUUUGCUCGAUAAUGGUGCCGUGCGGCUGAACGAAACUUUUCCCCCUCUUGAGCGCCAGCGGAGUCGUGGAUCGGGACGGAAGGAUCCAGCAGGGCGGCCGGGGGGAAGCUUUUGUUUCCUGGCCACAUUUGCAGCUCUGAGGAAUAACUUGAGGGCUGGGUGAAAGAAAGAGAGGGUCGCAGAGAAAUUUCAUUCCCUACAACCAACCCCCCUUUCCCUCUCCCUCUGUCUUCCCCGUUCUUUCCCCAGCGCCUCCUGUUUUGUUUUUUUCCCCGGGAUUAGCGAUGGGGAAGGAGCAGGAGCUUCUGGACGCGGCGCGCACGGGGAAUCUGGCCGCGGUGGAGAAGCUUUUACCCGGGAAGCGACAAUCCGCAGGCGGAUCGUCUGGGAGCGCAGGAAGCGGCAACAGCAGCGGGAGCAGCCACGGAGCUUCCUCCCAUCCGCUCUCCAGUCUACUCAGCAUCUGGAGAGGCCCCAAUGUGAACUGUGUGGACAGCACCGGAUACACGCCUUUGCACCAUGCUGCCCUCAAUGGACACAGUGCUGUGGUGGAGGCGCUGCUACGGAAUGAGGCCUUGACCAACAUCGCCGACAACAAGGGCUGCUACCCGCUCCAUCUGGCUGCGUGGAAGGGAGACGAGCGCAUCGUAAAACUUCUCAUCCACCAAGGACGUUCAAACCCCCAAAUCAACGAGCAGAGCUCUGUAGACCAUAAAGAAUUCAAACGCUGUGGGCCCUUUGACCCCUAUAUUAAUGCCAAGAACAACGACAACGAGACGCCGCUGCACUGUGCCGCUCAGUACGGCCACACCCAGGUGGUGCACCUGCUGCUAGACGAACUGACGGACCCCACCAUGAGGAACUACAAGUUCGAGACCCCAUUGGAUCUGGCCGCGCUGUACGGUCGUCUGGAGGUGGUCAAGCUGCUGCUCAGCGCCCACCCCAACUUGCUCAGCUGCAACACAAAGAAACACACACCUCUGCACCUGGCCUCUCGGAACGGACACCUGUCUGUGGUGGAGGUGCUGCUGGAUGCUGGCAUGGACAUCAACUAUGAGACGGAGAAAGGCAGUGCCCUCCACGAAGCCGCCUUGUUUGGGAAGAGAGAUGUGGUACAGAAACUACUCAGUGCAGGUAUCGAUGUACAUAUUUUUGACCAAAAGGGACUGACAGCGCUGGACACUGUCAAAGACAUGCCAUCCCAGAAAAGCAGAGAAAUAGCUGCACUCAUCCUGGGGCACAAGACUGGAAAACCCCCGGACAUUGAACUUCCUCCUCCGCCCAUUCCUCCACCUCAGGAGAGCCCCAGCCCAAGGAAGAAAGGUAACCUGGACAAAGUGACGGAGCUAAUAUCAGGGCUGGCCCUGGGGCCCGAGGAGGAGAGCCCCUAUGAAGCUCUUUUUGAAGCCACAUCAUGCCACUCUUUAGACAGCCUCACUAGUGGCAAGUCCUCCGACAGGGACUCAGGACGGCCAGACAGUGAAGUUGGCAAGAAAGAUCGUGUUGCCCACUCAUCACAUGUUGCCCCAGGUCAUGAAGAAGAGAUGAGCUCAGAGGUUCUUUAUUUAGGUAGCAGCACGGAUCAGAGGAGAGAGCCGGCAGAGGUACAGGAGGAUCACACGUACGAGUUGCUGCUGACUGCAGAAACCAAAGUCCCACCGCCCAAUCUGGAGUCCCAGUCCAAUAAAGAUGAGAAUGCCUCCACACAGUCUUCCAACAGUAUCCUACCUCAGCGCAAAUCCUCUGUGCCCCCCAAUGACCUCAGACCCCCAACUAAGACGGCAGACAGCCUACACCCUCCUGCCCGGAUCGCUCCACGAGCACCAGGAGAUAACUCCCAGCCAAGCCAGGAUCAGGCAGCAGGUGUCCCAGAGCAGUUCACUGGCCUCUUGCACGGAUCCUCUCCCGUCGUCGACAGCCGUGAGGACGCCUUCAGUCUUCCAGGUGUUCUGCCGCCCAACCAAGGCCAGUCGGAAACGAGGAAACCUGCCAAAGGUAAAGAGGAGCCACCGGCUGCUUCGCGUUCCCCUUGCCGACCCAGCAUGGCCGCCAUCCUGACGGACUGCGAUCCGAAAGCAAUUUAUGCCACUGUGAACAAGGAGCCCAGGGACGCCAUGGCGGGAGCAGGAUCUGGCGUCAGGAUGCGCCCUCCGGGCGACCUGAAGCUGGCCCGCAGCCUCUCCAAAUCCGACUCUGACUUGCUCUUGUCGCCUCCCGGUGAGGAGGAAGGGGGGCUGGGAUACCGGAGCGAGUCUGUUUCUAACUGUAGCACCGGCAAAAAGAGGCUGGAGAAGUCUCCCUCCUUCACCUCAGAAUGGGACGAGACUCAGAUGUCUUCUUCUUCUUCCCCAAAACAAGGAGGAUCUGACUCCACUGAGAGCAUUGAGAAGAUCAUGACUCUUAUUGGAGCGGGCAUUGAUUUCUCCAGAGAUCAGCAUUAUGAUAGUCCAGCAGGUGCUGCAAGCCGACUGCUGGACCAGCCCGUGGGGGACUGGCUGGAGCACGUGGGGCUGCCGCAGUACGAGAGCAAACUGCUGCUGAACGGCUUUGAUGACCUCCACUACAUGGGAAGCAACGUGAUGGAGGACCAAGACUUGAGGGAGAUUGGAAUCACAGAUCCGAGCCACAGGAAGAAGAUCCUGCAUGCAGCACGCUCCUUACCAAAGGUGAAAGCCCUGGGAUGUGAUGGUAGCAGCUCCCUCUCCGCCUGGCUGGAGAAUCUGGGUCUGCACGAGUACCUGCCCAACUUCCUAGCCAGCGGCUACCGCAGUCUGGACUGUGUGAAAAACCUUUGGGAGCUGGAGAUCGUCAAUGUGCUUAAGAUUACUUUGCUUGGUCACAGGAAACGCAUCAUAGCCUCCUUAGCUGAAAGGCCUUAUGAGGAGCCUCCUGUCAAACCUCCUCGGUUGUCUCAAAUCAGGUGUCAGGACCUGCCAGGAUCCCAGACCUCGUCUCCUCUCAGUCACGUGGAGCUGUACAGCGGCCGCUCCAUGGACCCGCUGCUGCCUGCAGCAGAACCGGGCAGGAAAAAAGCACCAGAAACAGAUUAUGACGUUGCCCAAAGACAUCAAAGUGGAAGGCAAAAGCCUCAGGAACAAUAUGAAGAAAUUCAUCAGGAGCCUCGACUGACCUUACGACCUCCGAGUCUAGCAGCAUAUGCCCCCGUCCAGAACUGGCACCACCAGCCUGAGAAACUCAUAUUUGAAUUUUGCGCCUAUGAAGCUAGUUAUCUUGGUUCUAUGCUGAUUAAAGAUCUGAGGGGUAUUGAAUCCACGCAGGAUGCUUGUGCCAAAAUGCGGAGAUCCACAGAACAAAUGAGAAAAAUCCCAACUAUUGUUCUGUCGAUCACUUACAAGGGCGUGAAGUUUAUAGAUGCAGCGAACAAGAACAUCAUCGCAGAGCACGAGAUCCGUAACAUAUCAUGUGCAGCCCAGGAUCCAGAGGACCUGUGUACGUUUGCCUACAUCACUAAAGACCUGCAGACCAGCCACCAUUACUGCCAUGUCUUCAGCACAAUAGAUGUGAGCCUGACUUAUGAGAUUAUCCUGACGCUGGGCCAGGCGUUUGAGGUGGCCUAUCAGCUGGCUCUGCAGGCCCAGAGGACCAAACAGCAUCAGGGUCUCCCUGUGGGAAGCAGCUCAGACGUCAAUGAAUCCAAGUCCAGUCGACCUGUGCCCAGACCGCGAGGGAGUGUUCGGAAGUCAGGGGGAGACAUACUGGACCAAGAAGGGGAGUCACAGCCUCACACUGGUUCCACAUGGCUCGUGGAUCCAAAGGAAUCUAAGCGUUCAAUCAGCACUAAGUAUGAGACCACCAUUUUCUAAACGGAUCCCUGUUCUCCUCCUCCUCCUCCUGGGCCUGGCUGUUCCUACUUCCCUCCUCCUGUGUGCCUUUCACUGUGACUCAACCCUUUCCUUUGCGCUGGACGUCCACUUCCCCUCACCUCCUGACAACACAGCCUGUGACAGCUAACCAGCCUCUGUUGCUCCUUCACAAGUUGAACCUUCACCACUUCUACACUCUGCAUUGAUUGUUAUCGCAAUCACUCAACAAGUCUGCCACUAACAUAUUUUCCUGUAACUCACCUCUUCCCUUUCUUUUCCCAUCGACUGCAAAUGUACUGUUUUCCUCUCGGUGAUGAGCUCUUUCUUUUCCGCUACAUCAGGCGAUGGCUGCUCUGAAGCUUUUUCACUCUGAUCUUUCAUCUCUUGACUUCACUGAGUGCUGAGAAAAUUCUGAGAACUCACCCGCUGCGCUCAUCCCAUUCCCGGAUGGAUGUUUCCAGAAGAAAACUGUGGAUCUGCUCUCCUAACUCUAUGCAUCCAUCAGGCUUUAGCAGGCUGCUUCUCUUUAGUGGGAGUGCAAGUGGUUGGGAGGUUUAUUAAUAUUAGCCUCUUGCUUAAAGCCACGCUGAGGUCUUGUAGCACUGUGAGGAACUUGCUUAGGGGGGAUUUGUUCUUAGAAAGAGGACAUGACACAGCAAAAAGUCCAAAUUAACGUGCCUUGCAGAAGUGUUGAUCUCCAUGCAAUUUCUUUUCACAGUUUAAGUUGCAAAAACAAACUUCAAUGUUUUUUUUAUUGUGCAUUUAUUUGUUGAAAACAAAUAUAGAGCUGUGCAUAACUGAUCAAAGAGGUAGCAUGUUCUUAAUGUUUUUCCUAAAUAAAAUCUGAAAAGAGUUGCAUGUGUUUGUAUUUUAUAUUGUAGCUCAAGCUCAGAUUAGAUGAACUCCAUCUAUGAACUUUUCUUUGAUAUGCCAUUUGCCGUGUCCCCUAUAUUGCUUUUAAGUAGGACUUUAUGUGUAAAAGUUGUCUUUUUAACAUUAUCUUCCAACUUGAGCUGUGUACCUCUCCAACUCCUCCAGAGUUACAACUGACUUCCUGUCACUUCAGGUCAGCUUUAACAAGCUUUCCUGUACUUCCUAAAUAAAAGCUUCUCCAUGACAUGAUGAUAGUAGAGUAAAAGUCUAUAAAAAGGCCUUGGACGUUGAGGUUUUAAAAUAACAUUUUAAACUUGUGUGAAUACUUUUGCAAGGUACUGUAUAUUUGGACUGUUGUGCUCUAAUUUGUCCAAUCAGAGCAAAAGGGUGCAGACAGAUGAUUUUUCUCCAGUGAACUGAUAGUAAUUAAGCACUUUUACCAUGUUUUUGUAUAAGAAUAACAGCAUUUCCUCUGUAGCUCUCUUCUCCCUUCUUUUCACAACAAAUGCCUUCAGUAUUCAUCCUGUCUGCAUUGCCUUUCUGUAAUAUUGCCAAUGACACUUGUUAAAUACAUAAUUGCUGCUGGAAAAAAAAGAGUUGAGCAUUACAUAAAGGGAGGAACAGUUUGUGUGAACAUGUGUUUUCUGUUUUCACUCCAUUUUAAUCAUCUUACAUUGUGUGCAUGUGUCUGCGUGUCCCUCCCUCCUCUCUUAGCUGAAUGUUGCUGCUCCUCCCAUUAAGCGAGCUGGGACGGGAAUGGACCCUGACGCAUGAUGGGGAUGAGCUGGCAGUUUUUUGUGUUUUUGAUCAAAAAGUGAUGAGCAGCAGCUCAUGAUAUCAUCAGUCCGAUCAUGUUCGCAGCACACAUGCGGACCCGGAGACAAAGAUGAGGCUCCACUCCUUUUCAUCUGACCUCUCCACACAUCUUCCUGCCCAUCAGAGUGUGGCAGCGUCUCUACUCUCCAUGCAUUCACAAGCGGUAGCCUCCCUCGCAGAGACUUGGUGUUCACUGUUUGAGAAAGCAUACCUGUGUGCUCCAAUGCAGAAAUCUGUAGCGAAAGAAGUGGCAGGAGUGAGAUUAUUGAUUUUUUUUUUUUUUUGAGAGAGAGAGAGAGAGAGAGAGAGAGUGAGACCUCACACUGUAAACACAGACUACCCUUUGUGUUCAGAUAUUGGAGCUUCUCCCCAUAACCAUCAACCAUAUUCCUGCAUGGGAGAAACAUUUUUAACCAACACUACAAAGACUAUCUCUCAAUGAAAUCCCACUUUUGUUUGAUUUGAUUUUUAUUUUGUUGGUUUUAUUCAUUUUAUGGAACUGCUAGUGUCCUAAUGCUGGAACUGGAUCAUGACUGGUGCCCUCUCCUUUUUCCUUCCCCCAUUGUUUAAUUUAAUCCUACCAAGAUUAUUCACCAAAACCUGCCAUGCAGGCUGUUACGACUUUAUUUUUUAAGCUGCAGAACAGAACAAUAGGGUACAACAUGUUUGUCCAGGUAACUCCCUGUACGUUGACUGUUAAUGGUACUAUUGGUUGUGAGUCAGUGUGAGUCUGGGUACUUAACGGUUUAACUGUUGUAUGUGUGACGACACACUGGUGCGCGCCCUCUUUAGCAUCCCGGUGUGGGCACCUUUAUCCAUCAGCCUGAUCCAGUGCUGCUUUUGCACAUUGCCAAGGAUCAGGAGACAUUUUUUGGAACUAAUCUGAUAUGUUGAGAAUGGAAAUGUACAUGAUUCUAGAGCAGUCUGUAUUUUGAUACUUGAAUAAUUUUGGCUUUUAUAGUUAUCUAUAUAAAUGUGUAUGUAUGUGUAUAUGUAUGUAUGUAUGUACGUAUAUAAUUUUUGGUGUUUUUGUCAAAGCAAAGGACUAUGUCUUAUAAACUAAAACAUAUCGUGAAUAAAUAUCCUGUGAUUUAAAAAGAAAAAAAGGCUGAGGAAUUGACUCAGAGGGACCUCAAUUCAUAAAAAAAGAUUGUAAAUAAUCUUGGGCUUCCAGUCUUUUUUAUAGUUAUUUUUCAUAAUUGUAAAACUAAUAAAUGUUGGGAUUAGAAUUA